AUGGGCACUUGUAAAAUCUCUGCAGAACCAUCCAACAGUCUAGCAUUUUGCCAGCAAGAUUCGAAUGACAUUUGGAGACAGUUGAUGGAGUCGAGAUUAUCCACUCGCACGCGUCGACAAUACUACGGAGGGGCAGCACCUGGCGUAGAACCGCUUUCGUUGUUGACAGGACAAUGCUGCAGCUGUCAGCAAGGACCUCCAGGACCACCUGGACCAAGGGGCAAAGAUCAACCGCCAGGACGAGAUGGUAUGAUCGGAGUGAACGGCCGAAACGGUUACAACGGACAUUAUGUGGCAGUCCAGACGAAGGCUGAAGCUCCAUGCCAGAGGUGCCCGACGGCGCCACCGGGUCCGCCAGGUCACCCCGGGAAAAAGGGACCACGAGGACCAGCUGGAAGCCCUGGUAAGAAUGGAACAGGAGGAACUCCUGGCCGAGUGGGACCACCUGGCCCAGCGGGAGUUCGUGGGGCUCCUGGCGAGAUAGGUACACAAGGUCCACCAGGAGAUGCCGGAAAAGUGCUGAAUGGUGCACCACCAGGUUCCCAAGGAAAACCCGGUGAGUGUCAAAAGGAAUUGCCCAUUUCUUCAAAACAUCGCAUAGAAAUAGGGUUCAUAUGUAAUUGGUCAAAUGACGAUAAAGUCAGUGCAAGUAUUCCAUAUUAUAGCAGAAUGUAG